CUCAACAGCUGUCAUGUUAUCAAAAGAACACCACUGUAUAACAAGUUGAUGUAAUACUUUGUAUAUAAACGCUUAUAAUUGUAAUACAAAAUUCUUUUAAAUAAGAUACGCAAUCCAAAAAUUCGAUACUUAUGUAAAUGUCGCAUAUAUUUGCAAUAAAGAGGCACAGCUGUAUGAAACCAGGAUAUAUAAAUACGAAUUUAACUUUUUAAUUUUAUUCCUUCAUUUAACGAGCAUCAGAAUGGACGCUAAAUUGCUACUUGUUUUCAUCGGCAUAGUUCAGAUUUCCUCCGGGAUGAUGAUUGAGAAAGAACGCGUACAUGGGAAAGUUGUGAAGUUCUGCACACACAAAGGAAUUCGCUUUCUUCCUAAGUCGAACUUCAUCGACUAUGACGAGUGUAUGACAUGUGAGUGCUCUGACGAUGGGCUGAGUUGUUACAGCAUGUGUUCUGAUCUGAUGGCGUAUGACGAGUCGCAAUGCACCAGUGUCAAGAUAGCCUGCCAGAACAAGUGGGUGCUCACGGCUGACACCACGAAGACGUGCCCGGAGGAUAUGAUUCCAGAAUAUUAGUUGAAUAUAGUUGAGAAAUAAUAAAAACAAUGCCAGUUCUGUGACAAAACAUAAACUUAAUUUUAUAUCUGAAACUUUUAAUGAUAUUAUUAAUAACUCGUAUUUCUUCAUAUUCGCUGUCGAUAUUUAUACAAAAAAGAUGAAUAAUUAUGUAUUAAAUAAAGAUAUUUUUAAACACACGUACAGCUUAGUCGAAUGUUUUUUCUAUUUAAAUAAAGUGUUUAUAAUAGAAACAAUGUGUAAUUCAGUUGUUAUAAUUAUGUUCAUGUGGGGUUAUUUCUUGUCACAUUGUUUACAUCAUGCCGAUUAUAUUGACACAUAAACAAAAAUUUGUAAUCUUCUGACACUAUUCUUGACAUUAUCAAUACAUUGUACGUGUUCCUACAUAUUUGAUGUGUUUGGUCGCUUGUUAUAACAUUUUUAACACACACGUUUUCAUUCGUUGAUGAUUCGAAACAUAUGUUCAGGUGAAUCAAAAAGUUGAGUUUCUCAUAAAAAAGCGUUUAUUAUCAAAAAGUUUGGAAAUAAAUUAUUUUUGUAAUGUU